AUGGCGCACAGCCUCUGGGAAUCGCCGUCCUUCAUUGCGAACAUUUUCAAGGGAAAAGUUGUCGUGGACAAUGUGUUCCCCUUUCCUGCAGUUCUCAGUGAGGAGCAGACCUCGUUCUUGAAGAAGCUGUAUGAGCCGUGCAACCGCCUCUUGGAGGAGGUUAAUGACCCGACUUGGAAUGAUGACAAUGAAGAAAUCCAGUCAAAAACCCUAAAAAAGCUCAAGAAGCUGAACAUUUUUGGGUUACAGGUGCCCGAAAAACUAGGAGGCCUUGGGCUGACAAACACCCAGUACGCUCGCAUGGUGGAGACCCUAGGCUUGCAUGACCUGGCAGUUUGCGUCACUCUCGGGGCCCAUCAGUCUAGUGGUCUUAAGGGGAUCCUGCUGUUUGGAGAUGAGCACCAGAAAGAGAAAUACCUGCCUGACCUGGCCUCUGGAAACUAUGUGGCCGCCUUCUGCCUGACGGAGCCAACCAGUGGCUCUGAUGCAGCCUCUAUCAAGACCACUGCCGUGGCCAGCGAGUGUGGGAAAUUCUAUACCCUGAAUGGUCGAAAAAUUUGGAUUAGCAAUGGCGGGAUAGCGGACAUCUUUACAGUAUUUGCCAAGACACAAGUGAAAGAUGUGACCACAGGAGAAGUACAAGGAAAAAUCUCUGCCUUCAUUGUGGAAAAAGCAUUUGAAGGGGUGACCAGUGGUCCCCCAGAGAAAAAAAUGGGCAUCCGAGCCUCCAACACUGCAGAGGUGCACUUCGAGAACGUGAAAGUACCUGUUCAAAAUGUACUGGGGGGCUUUGGGAACGGCUUCAAGAUCGCCAUGAACAUCAUCAACAAUGGCCGUUUUGGGAUGGUCUCUGCCCUGGCGGGCACCAUGCGUGCAGUGAUCAGCAAAGCGGCUGAUCAUGCUGCAAACCGGAAACAGUUUGGGAGCCAAAUCUGCAACUAUGGGAUCAUCCAGGAGAAGCUGGCCCACAUGGCCAUGUAUCACUACGUCACCGAGUCAAUGGCAUACAUGGUCAGUGGGAACAUGGACAUGGAAGUCUCCGAAUUCCAUCUGGAAGCGGCCAUCAGCAAGAUUUUUGCUUCUGAGGCUGCCUGGGAAGUCACCGACGAGUGCAUUCAGAUCCUCGGAGGGACUGGCUACAUGAAGGAAAGCGGAGUAGAGCGGAUAAUGAGGGACCUCCGCAUCUUCCGCAUCAUCGAAGGUACCAAUGACAUCCUCCGCAUAUUCGUGGCUUUGGCCGGUCUGCAGCAUGCAGGGGCCCAAUUACAGGAGCUUCAACACAACUUGGAAGACCCAUUGAACAACACUGCCAUCCUUUUCACUGAACUUGGCCUCAGAGCAAAACGCAUAAUAGGGAUCCCGACAGGUAUUUCCCUUGAUGGAGUGGUCAGUGGGCACCUGCAGGACACUGCCAGCCUGGUGACAAAGUGUGUGGACCUACUCUCAGAGGUUGUUGAGCACCUGCUCUUAAAAUUUGGCACAGAAGUGAUCCAUCAGCAGUUUCACCUGAAGAGAAUAGCAGAUGCUGUUAUUGACAUCUACUCCAUGGGGGUCGUACUUUCCAGGGCAACCCAUUCUUUGAACCACAACCUUCCUUCGGCCAUCCACGAGAAGCUACUGUGUGAAUCCUGGUGCCAUAAGGCUCCCAUGAUUCCAAAGAGCAGGGAUGCAGGUCAGAUGCAGCUCCUUUGUAAGAUAGCCAUCCAGAAACAAGCCCCGGUGUGUCUGCAGCCUCCUGGCUAUCUCUCUCCCUGGUCUUCAGCUCCUAAGAACAUUGCUCAGGUGCAGAAGAGGCACCACAGGGAAGAGCAUUGA